UGGAGCAAAGACCAAACGGAAAGUGCCAUCGUUACAGUCCCUGCUUUCCUCUUUCUGCCUCAAAGGCCGUGGGACCCCAGCCCCAGCCAUGGAGCGGUGCCAGGUGCCGCCACAGGCCGGGCUGGGCCGCGGGGGGCCCCGGGUCCGCAGCGGGGGACGCUCCGGCGGCGCGGGGAGCUCGGACCCAGCGAGGGCCGCGGCGGCGCCCCUGAGACACCGUGCCCCGGCCGGGCGGCACCGGGCUCCCCCCGCCCGGCGGGAUCGGCCCCAGCCCCCUUCGGGCGCGGGGCUCCCCGGAGGCUUCGACCGCCGCUGCUGGAUGGCGCUGCACAGCGAGCGGCUGCCGCCGGACUGCAGCGCCCAGCCCGCCCCCGGCACGCCAGGAGAUGACCGCAUCUACGCUGCACUGUUUGCAAAACUGAAGGAGUUGCUUGUGAGGAGGGCAUCAGAUGGAGAUCCUCCAGCACCUUUUCAGGACGGACAACGGUACUAUGAACAGGGGUUGUAUGAAGAAGCAUUAACGCAAUUUAAAAAAAUUGAGGAUACAGAUUUUCAAGCCAUGUAUCAGCUUGGUGUAAUGUAUUAUGAUGGACUAGGCACUGAAAAAGACCCUGAAAGGGCAGUGGAAUACAUGAAUAAAAUACUCAACUCUGAUUCUCCAAAAGCAAGACACCUGAAGGUUGCAGCUGCAUACAAUCUUGGCAGGGCGUAUUAUGAAGGAUGUGGUGUUAAGCAUUCAACCGAAGAGGCUGAAAGGUUGUGGCUUAUUGCUGCAGACAAUGGAAAUCCAAAAGCAAGUGUAAAGGCCCAGAGUACUUUAGGAAUGCUUUAUUCUAUGCCAGUUCUAAAAGAUCUGAAGAAGGCCUUUUUCUGGCAUUCAGAAGCAUGUGACAAUGGAAAUCUGGAAUCACAGGGAGCACUUGGCAUUAUGUAUCUCUAUGGACAAGGUAUACGUCAAAACACUAAAGCUGCUUUGAAGUGCUUGAGAGAAGCAGCAGAACGUGGAAACAUCUAUGCUCAAGGCCAUCUUGUAGAAUAUUAUUACACUAAAAAAUUUUACUCAAAAGCUGCUGACCUAGCCAAAAGGACUACAGAAAACAAUGACAUCAAUAUGCUAGCCAAGAAAGCUGAUUGCCAUCCAACAUAUGUAGCCAAGGGGGUUGCUAUGGCUGCUUUCUACUUGGCUAGAUGCCUCCAGCUUGGCCGAGGCAUAAAGCAAGAUCAAGAUGCUGCUAAAAAAUACUAUUCUAAGGCCAUUCAGAGCUGUACAUGGAGAAUAUUCCCUGUGAUUCCUAAAGCUGCAUAUGGACAACUGGGAAGACAAAUCUGAGGCCCAGAUUUCACAUAUCUGUGUAAAAAAGCUGCAGCAGAACCCAGACAGAAUACAAAGCACCAGCCUGAAUGCCUGAAGAUAUGCCUGUUUCUCAGUGCAGCUAUUUGGGGAACUGCCUAUCUCCUGCCAGAGAAUUGCAGACAGAUGCUUGAACAGCCUCCAAAAUACAGGUUAGAGAAACACGGCCCAGAAGAAUUGGGAUUGUGUGGGACAGUCUCUACCCUGUGUACCCUGAGCUAGAUUGGAUCUGUGCUCACCUACAAGCUGCAAACACCUCCUGGCUGCAACUUUUGAAUACUGGGAGAUCAGUGCUGAAAUUGCUGAUAAGAGUCAUGCCUAUCAUUCUCCAUUCUGCAUUUGUUCCCAGGGCAGGGAUUUGCAUGUGUGUAGGGUCACCUGAACUGUAAUUGUCAGGAGAGAGUCACUGCUCUAGAAGCAUAUUCUCAGAAUGAGAGGACUUAGUACUCCUGCUUCAAGUUAGGAUCCAUGUGCAAAAUUAUUUAAAUUCUGAUUACUAGAUGGAGACAUAUUACAACUUUCUUCAAGUACCCUCAAAUACUCUUAUAUAAAUACUGAAAGUCUUCAGAAUCUUUUUAGAAUGCAAAAUUCUUGAUCAACUUAUGUACUUGUGCAUUUGUUUUUCCAAAUUAAUGAGUCAAAUGGAAAACA